AUGACAAAUGCCAGCGGUGUUCGGUGGGAAACUUGGUCUGCAAGUUUGAAGACCACAAGGAAUUCGCCAAUUUUCUCCGAUCACGCAGCUGUUGAAAGCUCCGAACUGCCAUCUCCAGCCUCUGUCUUAUCGCAUGGCCUAUCAAAACAUGUCAUUGUUGAUCGAUCAAAACGAGUACUGUGGCCAAACAUUCUGUCUCGACUUCGAGAAGCAUUCUCCCUUGAUCCACAACAUGCCCCGGAGGAACAGGAGAUGGUUGCAAUGCAAGCUCGAAUGAUCCGGCCCAAAGGGCUACAUCCAUCUGAACUAUCGAGAUUGCAUACGGCAGUCAAUGCCUUUCCUCCUCGCCGAGUUGCCAAUUUCUUAAUUCUCACAUUCAUCAAGCACGCAACCGAUGCGUUUUUCUACUUCGAUCAAGCUCAGAUACUCUCCGACAUUGAUGAGUUCUAUACAGACCCCAGCUCAUCUUUAAGGCUUGACCCGGCUUUUAUCUGUCUCGUCAUGGCGCUAUUCGCGCUUGCGAGCCAGUGGACCAUCUAUGAAAAACCUGAUGGGGUUGAGUCAGGUCAAAAGGAUAACCUGGAUCUUGGACGCGAUUUUUCCUUUCAUGCAAAGUCCCUAAUACCUGAUAUAAUUGAGCGCUCAUGCUUGAGGUCAAUCCAGGCUCCGUUUGUCCUUGGUGUUUAUUUCAUGCCGGCAAGUGCAAUCGGAGCAUCGUAUGCGUUUUUAGGACUCGCAUUACGAAAGGCUUUGGCAUCUGAUCUCCAUCUCAGCUCAGAAGAUUCGACUCUUACUGAUUCAGAAAGAGAAGUGAGGUGCCGUCUCUGGUGGUCCAUUUUUUCGCUCGAACGUUGCACCACUGUGAAAUUGAACCGACCUCGCUCCAUUGACACCCAAAUUAUCACAGUUCCAUAUCCCUCCCAAUGCAAAGCCCUUGAUAGAGUACAAGAAAUCGACAACCUUGAUUGUCAGGUGGCAUACGUUCGACUGAUAAGAGUUCUUGAUGAAAUUGCCGGUGUUGCAGAUGGGUUACCCGAACCAGCUGGUCUAUCGCAGUCAAAAUGGGAGGCAGAUCUGAAAUUAUGGAAACGAUCUCUUCCCCCGGACUUGAAACUCGAUCGAAUGAGCCCAAGUGAUCUGAAAUAUCGAGCCGUAGCUCACCUUUAUUUGAAUUACUACUAUGCAUUGAUUACCAUGGGAAAAGUUGCCCUGGUAACAGUCGCUAGGACGAAGUUAAAACAAUCUGGCAGCAAUAUGCCGGAUGUGAGUUACCACGUCAAGCAACUGGCAAAUCGCUGUUCAAAGGCCGCAAUCAAGACACUUCGACUAUUUGAGACCCUGACUAAGAGUCGCAAGAUUACAAGAUUCUCAUUCACCGAUUUUCAAGGCUGCAGUAUCGCAACCAUAGUUACAUUGGUGUCCGGAAUAAUAGAGCGAGAUUCUGGGUAUGACAUUCGAGUAAAUUUCGGCUUGAAUUGCCUGCGGGAAAUGGCUGCAGGAAACAUGACGGCAAAACUAGGAGUUAGCUUUGUGGAAGCAGUUCAAUCUAUCACAAAUGAGGCAGCGAGAAAGCGACAGAUCGAGACAUCUUUGACCCAGAAUACCACGGAAACGAAUCAUUCUGGCUAUCAUCAGUGGGCAGAGUGGCUCACAGUACAAGAAGACUCGCAAACGCGGCCCGACUCCAUCAUUCAUUCACAUCCUGAGUCCACUUUGGCCAGGGAAACCCAAGACCCGAUUUCAGAUCCAUGGUUGGCAGCACAAUCCGCUUUUAGAGAUACAUCUACGUGGCAAAUACAGAUGGAUCAAGACCCCUCGGGGACAUUAUCGGCCCCUCCCAGCUCUUUGAACGAGUCACCUGGGUCUCUACAGCCGCUAGGUUGUGACUUUCUUUCCACGCUACACGGUGAUGAGCAUUCUUUUUUGAUGGGAUUGACGGGACUGGAUGCUUUGGACUUUUCUGGCCUGACAGUUCAACUAGAGUGA